AUAGUAAAACAAAAUGGUUAGACGAACCAAAGUGCUUUUGAUAGAUUAUUUUGUGCAAGUGCGGAUACAGCUGCGGGUUUGUUAUUUCCUAUCGUCAGCCAUUUGGAGUUUAUCAGUUUACAGAAAAACCGCAGAAAACCUGUAAAAGCGUAUAUAAAAUGUAUCAAGUACAUAUUUAAAACAGCGACAGUCAUUUCAUUCCUUAUUGAAAAUAUAUUUAUACUUUUAUAUUUAAUUAACUAUAAAAGUAUGUUUUUUUAAGUUUUUUUAUUAUAAUUGUUUGUUAAAUUUAUUUCCUACAAAAAGUGCUAUAUAAAUGAAAAGAUUUUAUUUAGGAAUAUUUGUGACAUCGACUGGUGUAAGGACAGAAACCAUAUCUCAUAUUUAAUGUAUUACUUCCUUCCACAAUUUAGCAAACAUUAAUUACUUCAUUCCAACCACUAUUGGAUCAUACUUGUACAAUAUCAAGAUUGAUUCAAUUCGUUUUCUAUCAUAUAAUUUCCUCCUGCGCAAAAUCCAGUAUCCAGGAGGAUAACCAACAGCGUCACAAAAACGUUUGACAAAACAACAGAUAAAGUUUAUUAGGAAAAUUCGGCCUAAAAAACGGCUUAGAAUCACAAAAUAAUGUGAGUGUUCAACAAAAAAACUAGAAGAACUGAUCAAACUGAGUAAGACUGAAAAAUUAUUUCAACAUCAACGAUGAUUUCAAGCAAAAUAUAUUUUUAUAGAUAAGUGAUUGAGAAAAAUAUCAAGGUGGCUCCUUUCAGAUUUAAGCUUAGCAGAAUGUCGAAAUCGAAUUCUUCUACUAGAAGCAAUUCGGUGGAGACUCCUGCUGAUUGUGAAAACGAAUUGGAAAGUCCCAGAGCAAAUGUUUCUUCUAUAAUGGAAAAUGUUGAUGGAAAAGAGCUUACCCCAGCUAGUCCUCCACCAUCUUAUGAAUACGUACUUGAGGAAACACGCCUGAAAGCCCAAAGGGAAUUACCUUCGCCGACUAACCCUAUUAAGAGACCAGAAAUUAUGCAUAAAUCAAGUAAAGAGUUGUACAAAGCUGUAGCUAAACAGUUUGGAAUUACAUGUAAAAUGUCCGACCAGUGUAGGUGCUUCGACUGUCAAAGCCAUUAUUUCGACUGCGAAUAUGAAAAAAAUGAGCACGAAAAAACAGAUGGCGGUCUAGGAGCAGGAACUCCCAUGUUUAUUUCAGAAGUCAUGCAUGGAACCGCGUGCAGUAUAUUGUAAUUUUUCUAAAAAUAGUAUUAUACGAAAUAUAUCAAGUAUAUUUUACGAGAGAAUUUAUAACAUCUAAAAAUGUAUCUAUAUAACGAAAUACGCACACUCAAACGUGCUACUAAUUUAAUUUCACAGAUUUUUUAAAUAUUCUAUUUAAGAUACUUCUUUUAUAUUACAAGAUAUGAUGAAAUCAGCUAAUGGAAAAUAUUACAAUAUUCAGGCAAUGACCAGUCAUAACUUAAGAGACAAAAUUAGCAUAGGUAAACAAAUGUUUUCAUUUGAAAAAAUACUGUAGAAACUCUAAAUAUACUGAUAACACAAAUUUCAAUUUUUAAAUGAAGCAUUUUUUUCGUGAAAAUUCUUUUAAGAUGAAAUCUCAUUGUUCUAGACCAACAUAUUUACUCUUUUUAUACAACUCCCUCAAAGUAACUUCCAUAGAACGUUUGGAAUAAAAACUUAACCACUUUGAAUUAAUUUAGGGCCCUUUUACACUGAAGCAGCCCUGUGCGACAUUAAUAAGACAGUCGUAGCUUGUAUUCGAACACGAUGGAUUAUUGGUGCUUCAAAACCGUUUCUAAAUUAUGGUUUGUUUGAAUUUCUUUUGAAAAGUGGCGAUUUUGGCGAAAUCACAUCAAUAAAGUGCGUUGAAGAUUACCGGCCAUGGGGUAAUGAAAAACCUCAUAAGCGCAUUUCGCAGAAAACAGAAUCGUCUCACCAAUAAAAAAGCGUUUUGGAUCUACCAAAAACAGUAAAACAAGUUUUGCCUAUAAAUAGUUUAUACUCAAUCUGACUAAAUAUUGGUAGUUGAUGUCCUCUCUUUUAAUAUAAUGUGUAAUUAAAUGUAGUAAAAAUCCUCAUUUGAUAUUUUGUUAAAGUCUGAUAAACUUGCUUGAUCAGCCGUAUUUUAUAGUAAUUAGACCAAAAACAUUCCCAAAAUAUAGCAGGCAACAAGGAGACUCAUACCUCAAAUAGUGGUAUGCCCCGGUGUAAAAGAGCCCUUAUAUUUCAGUAAAAUUAGGUAUUUCCAAUGCACUGACAAAUGUGAAUUGCAGUCGAGUGCUCCUUUUAACCUUGAAAAUACAGGAGUUAUAUGUAGGGGUGUGUUAAAUGAAAAUAAAUUAGAAAAAUAUUUCUGUGUUGUAUAUUAGUAUCAGCCUAAUAAUUUUUUUGUAAAUAUUAAUUUUGUCCUUUUUAUUUAGUAUUUUGCUUGUUAAUAUCUUAUUUGCAAAAGAUUUUUGAAAUAAUGUAGGGUUGUACUAAGUGAAAUAAAAAAUUUUUUUCCUUGUAAUUACUUAUGCACAGUAUCGUAUCAUUGUUAAAUACUUGUUUACGUUACCAUGUAUCGUUUUUUAUAAAAUAUAUGGAUUAGAAAAA